GUACAAAUCUGUCGUUCUGCCCCUGAACAAGGCAGUUCUUAACUGACUUGCCUAGUUUAAAAAAAGGCUAAAUGGUUCAAGUGUGUACUUUAUUUGAGGAACACUGAGCCUUUCAUCUCUAAAUAAAAUCAUCCCUCUUUUUUCAAUCUAUUAUUCAGUUUUCAUUUCAAAUUCUACUCCAUUGGACAGGGCACAUAGUCGAUCACAGCUCGUCACGAACCGAUUUCGGAUGAGGGAACAAAUCCUGUGGCUAAAAUGACACCUUAUCGUUUGUUAUUACGGGCAGCAAGCGUCAGCAAGAUUGGGAGUCGGUCUGUGUUCACCGCAGCAAAGCCAGAUCACACCAACCCCAACUGGCUGCGUGUGGGCCUAGCGUUCGGGACGUCCGCUUUCCUCUGGGGCCUGCUCUUCAAACAGCACAGCACUGAUGUGCAUGAGUACAAAGUGAGGAAUGGCCUGGAAUGAAUCGCUAUGACAACAUGACUAUUUCGUGGAUCCAUCUGGGUGAUCUGAAGAUGUCUUCACACUUUUUUUUUUUUUCUGUAUUUUUAUUUUGUUUUAAUGAUCCCAUGUCCUGGGCAUAAUAUCUAGUUCUAUGUGUAAUAAAGAGAUGACUGUA